CCCGGCCAUGUCGCCUUUUCAAAUCCCCACACCUCCAAACCAUUGGCGCCUCCGAUCCCCGGCAGCCUGGAGCAAGAUACCCCUUCUGCCCCUUGCCGCCUCGCCACGACACGACACCACCUCUUCAAAACCGUACCCAGCUGUCUGCCCUGCUGCCUGUGCUUGCGCGCGCGCACACACACACACCGCGCAGCCACAGAGAGUCGUAAGCCACGUUGAGCCGCGGGGAUGCCACCGCUCGACCUCGGCGGCGGCGGCGAGGAGUUGAAGGCCGCGUGCGGUUGCGACACCGCGCUGUUCGACGACGGCUCCGACGCCGAGGAGCGCGACGACGACGACGACGACGACCCGUACGCCCCCCCGCAGUCCCUCCGGCUGAGGAUCGGCGAGGACAUCGACUGGAGCGACGUCGGCGGCGGGGCGGUGCUGGAGCGGGACGACUCCACCAAGGGCGCCGGCGCCAACCCCAAGUGCGCCGCGCGCCGGAGCGUGGCCGCCGCCGCCGCCGCGAGGAGCUCGCUGUCGUCGUCCACCCCGCCGGCGCCGAGGGCGGUGGCCGUGGUCAUCGGCGGCCUGGCGCCCGCCGCGGGGGGCAAGGCCGCGCGGGAGCACGGCAGGCGGCGCCGCUCCCCGUGCCGCCUCGGCGAACGCGCCAGGGUGUUCGCGGCCGGGGAGGCGACCGCGGACCGCCUGGCAGAGCCGGGCUCGCCCAAGGUGUCCUGCCUCGGCGGCGUCCGGUCGCAGCCGCGGGCCGCGGCUGAGGGGGUCGGCGGUGGCCGCCGGUGGUGGGCGUGGCUGGCGGCCGACUCACUUCCUGCUGCUGCUGGAACGGCCGGCGCUAGAGGAUGUCCAGGGGGAGCGAAGCCGACUAGCCAUUGGUUCGGCGGUGGCGGCGCCACCCGUCACCGCCUGUGCUGGAUGCGGACGUGGCAUCGGGGCCUCGGAUCAUCAGAUCGAUCGGUGGAGUAGGUGUCGGCCACAUGGAAGUUUUCGUCUUCUCUAGUUAGCUCUGGGUUGUCUCUGCUCCGCUCAUGGUUGGCCGGAGCAGCUCGUGCCUUUCCUGUACAUGGGGCCUUCACCAGGUGUUCAAUUUGAAUUUAAACUUCGUCAUGCGCCA